CUUCUUCUCUUCUUCGUGACCUCCUAUUCUUCUCUGCUUCUCUUAUAGGCAUCGGCGUGCACAUAUGGCCAUGAAUGUGAGGCCUCUCAAUGCUGACACUACAUUCUUGAUCGACUUAAUUCCUUCUUUCGCGCCUGCUCAUACCUCGGCUCGGUUCCCUGGAUCAUAUACCAUCUUGAUCGAUCCUUGGGUGACUGGAAGUUCUUCUGUCUGGAAGGAGUCUUUUCAAAUAUCGCAUCAUACGACUCCACCAUGCAUCUCUUCCUUACGCGACAUAUCUGAGCCUGAUCUCAUCAUCAUAUCGCAAGACAAGCCAGAUCAUUGUCAUAAACAGACAUUAUGCACUCUUCCGGCGGAUACUAGAGUGCGCAUUCUAGCAACGCCAGUGGCUGCCAAAUUGAUUAAAUCAUGGAAAUACUUCACGCAUGCGACUGUUGAGUCGAUGCAGCCCUACAACAGCAAGAUUGAUGACACCGUCGUGCGCAUUCCCAUACCGGGUUACUCUUCCACUAGCCAGGGUGGUGAGGUCACAGUCUCAUACAUGCCACAACGAAUGGAUCCUACGAGACUUCACAACGCGAUUGGACUUACCUAUCGGGCUCCAAGCAGCAUGACAACGUCAGUGAACGGUUCUGUUGUCAACCUGUUCAUGUUGCCACAGACACCACAGGAUUCCCCGAUGGCAGGCAAUUUCUCAGAUCUUACAGUCAGCCACAACGAUUACAUGACACCACCGGACUCGCCAAUGGAAGUUGAAGGAGGCUCUCUGUUCCCGCCACUCGAAAAGACAAUCAGUGUGCUAUACAGCCCCCAUGGUGUAGCAUAUCCUGCAGUGGAGUCGUAUGCAUCAUCCCUUUUGGCCAAAAUGUCUGCGCUACCACUGACUGCUCUCUUUCACUCGAUCAAUAUCGAGGAGAAUCCCUGGUUCAUGGGUGGUGUCGUGGCAGCUGGAUAUCCUGGAGGCGCCGAAAUUGUUCGCAAGCUGGGAGCUCGUUAUUGGGUCAGCGCACACGACGAGGCCAAGGAAAAUCAGGGAUGGUCUGUAACAUGGAUCAAGAGCACAGUAUAUUCAGCAGAGGAAGCACAGCAAAAGUUGGACGAGGAGAAGAAAAGCAUUGCAUUGCAUCAGGACAGGAAGCCAGGGAAAGCAGACCACAGAACUCAGAUCGUCAGACUGGAUGUGGGAGAGCCACUACGCAUUGUGUGAUACGGAGUUUCGCGUCUUCUUCAGCGAGCAUAUAAUGAAUAAUGGGUAAUGGGUAAUGACUACUAAUGAGGCCGUAAUAAAGAAGGCAAAUUUACAAUCAAUUUUGCCAUCAUCAGUUCUUUCUGACCAGGACACCUUUAGGGUCGUAGCGUUUCUUGAUUGUCUGUAGCUUUCCAUGGUUUCUACCGAAGAUCGCUUUGUGAUCAUUCCAAGGCUGUAUGAAAUUGAUGAAGUAAUCCUCCGGUGAGAACUUGUCACCCACAAUCAUCUUACCAGCAUCUUUGAGCAUCUGGAAAGCUUUGGUGUCCAGAUCAGUCGGAUAAUCUCCUUGAUUGACUCUGCCGACGCCCAACUGUAGCAGGUGCUGAUUGUGUGUAUGCGGCCAAGCGCACUCAUCAUUUCCAU